CGAAAAGUACCCGACACUUCGAUGCCGAGUAAAAAUGUACAGUUGUUACCAAGGCCAAUAGAUUGUAUUACUUUUGCACUAAAACGUUAGCAUUGAUUGUCCUCGCGGAAUCUGCUGGUCCAUGGGUUUACUUUUCUACCCAAGGUCUGGCUACAUUCCAUCACCCCCGGGCUGUAGUAUCCUUGCUGCCAGAUUAAAAUCGCUGUGCUAUUGGAAUUUGGGUGUUUUAGUCAGGACGUGCAUGUCACCUCUGCCUCUGGUGUUUCAGUCUUGAAUCUAUCUGCCAGAGAGACGACUAUGAAGAGGUUAAACACAUUUCAUCACGAUGUCUCUUCCCUCCUGACCGUGUAAUCGAACUUUAGUGGUGCAUCCAAAGAGGGGUUCAAAUGACUUUUUGAGCAUUUAGUGGGUGUGCUGAAUCCUGCAGAUUACGAACUCUGCAGGACAUCCAAUGAAAACAACAACACCUUAAUUGAAUUGGGGAUUGGCGCCUCUCACUUUUUAAUUUAACGUUGUUGUUUUUUUUAAGGACACUCUCAUCAUGACGAUACCAUUAUCUCGGACUCAACUAGCCCUGUUUUUCAUCCUCCUGUGUCCGGUCAAUAUCAUUGGGUUAUGGUGGGCAGUGGGGAGCCCUCUGGUCAUGGACCCCAACAGUAUCUGCAGGAAGACCAAGCGGCUAGCGGGGAAGCAGGCCGAGCUGUGCCAGAACCAGCCAGAGAUCGUCCACGAGGUCGCCAAGGGUGCCAAGCUGGGUGUGCGGGAGUGCCAGUACCAGUUUCGUUUCCGCCGCUGGAACUGCACCAGUCAGAACAAGUACUUUGGCAAAAUACUCCAACAAGACAUCCGGGAGACAGCGUUUGUGUACGCCAUCACAGCGGCUGGGGUGACCCACACGGUGACUCAGGCCUGCAGUAUGGGGGAGCUGCUGCAGUGUGGCUGUGAGGCGACCAGGAGCAGGGCUCCCCCCCGGCCUGCCUCCUCCUCCACCACCACCUCUGGCGAGGGAGUCAAGUGGGAGUGGGGCGGCUGCGGAGACGACGUGGAGUUUGGCUACGAGAAGUCCAAGCAGUUCAUGGAUGCCAAGAGGAAAAAGGGCAAGAGUGACAUCAGGACGUUGAUCGAUCUCCACAACAACGAAGCAGGACGACUGGCGGUGAGGAAUUAUAUGAGGACUGAAUGUAAAUGUCAUGGCCUGUCCGGGUCUUGCACACUCCGGACCUGCUGGAAAAAGAUGCCUCACUUUCGCGAGGUGGGUGAUCGCCUCCUGGAGCGGUUCAAUGGCGCUUCCAAGGUGAUGGGAGGCAAUGAUGGCAAGACCCUGGUUCCCGUAGGCCAGAACAUCAAGCCUCCGAGCAAACAGGACCUGAUCUACUCGGCCGAGUCGCCCGACUUCUGCUCGCCCAAUAGGAAGACGGGCUCGCUGGGCACGCGGGGCCGCAUGUGCAACAGCACAGCCAUGGACGUGAGCGGCUGUGACCUGCUGUGCUGUGAGCGUGGCUACCGAGACGAGACGGUGGUGUUCGAGGAGAACUGCCUCUGCCGCUUCCACUGGUGCUGCGUGGUGCAGUGUAAGAAGUGCUCGGUGAGGAAAGAACUCAGUCUCUGUCACUAGCCUUACCAUAGUGAAGCUGGGUUGGCUCCAGGCCUGGACUCUUCUGCCUCACACGAAAGAUGCACUGAGAUCAUGCUCCCACAGUUCAAUUCAGGAGCACGCUGAGAGAUUAGUAUCUUAUCUAGGAUCAUCUUGGACAGACAGCUGCAGUAACUCUUCUCUCAAGCUGUAGAACAGUCCAGAAUGGCCGCUACUCCAGUGCUCACCACAUAAAGCUCUAUGACCCAGAAACGGAGGCUCUUUUAGGCUCUUUUUCUAGAAACCCACUGGAGGAACUUACCCAACAACUGUUCCAGCUCUCCAGAGUGGAAUAUUGAAGGUCACAUCUAAGUUUAAAAGUUCAAAUUCAGCUCUGAGAACGCUCUAGAACUGAACGGUUCGGUCCCAUCUCAUAGAAGACCAUCAGACAGCUUGGUACCAUUCUCAGUCGUCGGUACGGAGGUCGUUGCCUCUAAAGCAGUGGUUCCCACACGUGUUUGCGCAGUGACCCACAUCAAGCCUUUAGCCAUUGAACCAGAAAAUAGCAUAACAACUGUUUCUAGCCUCAAACCCAAUGCCAACGCCCUCUAGGAACAUGCUUACAACCCACAAUUAGGGAAACACUCUUCAUAGUCAGUUAACCAUGUAACUACAAGUGAGGACUAUUGUAACAAAAGCAUAAUGACUUUUGAGUGUGGAAAAUAAGACUUAUGGUCUUGGUAACAAGAUAGCAAGCACAUCAGCAUGCUACGUUUCUACACACGGUAACUGGAAUGUGAUGGAAGAAAGGAAAAUGGACACGCACAAUGUGGAAUACAGGUAUCAAGCACAAAACGUAUGAAAAGGGAAAUCUGGGGAUUAUUUGUUUGGAGGACGAACCCCAUCACGUUUCAUGGUGAGGAGCUGAACUGACACCCGAGACUAUUAUUUAUGGACAUUUUAUGACAAGACUACUCAUAGUGAUAAGGUGAGGAACGUGCCUACCGUCUCUCUGAAAAGCACUUUGAACAUGGGAGCUAAUCUCUGUGAACCAUAUGUUACAUUGGUUGUUGUUUGAGUAGUUUGCAAAUGGAGAAACGUGUUACAACUUUCUUUUUUUUUUUCUCCGAGGUGCAGUAUCGAGAAAGUAUAAUAUUAUGUUUAUCUGUUUAAUAUACAGGGCUUUUGUAAUGCACUUUCAAUUAAAGCAUUUGCUGCGUA